GUUUCUUUCUUUCCCAUAGUAUACUGUGGAACAGUUACUAGGACGGAUACCGAAUAUGGAGGGAAGACAAGUAACACUCCGACACAAAAGAAAAGAUAUUGUUGAUGACACAAGACCACUUGGGGAAAUAUUUGAAGACAUACUGAAGGAUGAUUCGUCUGAGCAUUCAACAAAGAUUGUCAACUUGUUUAUGGAGAGAGUGGAGAAGAGAGGAGAGAUCUGCAGAGACUGGGUACUGUAUGUCAAAACACUAACCGGUAGAACGUUUGAUAUCAAAUUCUCAAAUCCACAGGAGGUCAGUAUAAUGGGUCUCAAGUUGCUAAUAGAGGAGGAAUGUGGUAUCAGGCCAGAGAUGAUGCGACUGGUAUUAGAUAACCAGCAGUUGGAGGAGAGUCAACGUCUUGUUGAGAAUGUUCCCGGCAUAGCAAACGAAUGUACCAUACAUCUAGUCUUGAAAGGAAGCUAGUGAGAGAGAGAAUCAUGAACAUAUUAAUUAUCACACACUCUGAGACAAACACCUAACAAUACAUACAUUGCAUCCAUACAGUGACACAAUGACACACAUACAUACUAAGUCCAUUCACAUACAUACAUAUAUAUGCAUACACUAUCAUGUAACGAAGAGCAAUUUUUAAUAAUAUUAUUACUAUUAUUUAUUCUUGUUAUACAUUUAUUGCUAUACACCAUAAAAUAUCAUGUAAAAAUUAUAAUUAUAUAUUUUCUUUCCUCUUUUUCUUUUUUUUAAUUUCUUGUUGAUGUAUUGGAUUAUACUUUUAGUUUUGUAUUUAUUCCUCCUCUCUCUCUCUCUUAUCACUUUUAAUCUCAAAAAAAACUUCACAAAUUGUUUACUUAAAGAAAA